GGGCCGUCAGGGGCGGGGCGCUUGGAUCCAAACCCUGGGAUCCGCUGGCCGGAGGCGGGCCGGGGCAGAAGGAGGUUGUCCAGUUCCCGAUCACACGCCGAGCGUUUCGUAGGCGUCGGACCCCACGCCACAGCAGCUGAGCACCGCGCCCCGGCGGGAACCCGGCCUCGGCGGGACCUGCGGAUCGGAGCUGCGAGUUCGUCCGCGGGGAGGAGGUUGGCGGCCGAGGGUGCCGCUUUCCCUGAUUCCUGUCCCCGGUGGUCCUGGGUCGAGCGCUGCUCAUUUCCGACCCUGAGAAGUGAUUAAAAUGGCUUCCAGAGGAAAGACAGAGACAAGCAAAUUAAAGCAGAAUUUAGAAGAACAGUUGGAUAGACUGAUGCAGCAAUUACAAGAUCUGGAGGAAUGCAGAGAGGAGCUCGACACCGACGAAUACGAAGAAACUAAAAGGGAAACUCUGGAGCAGCUGCGUGAAUUCAGCGACUCCCUAAAGAAGAUUAUGUCGGGAAAUAUGACCUUGGUAGAUGAGCUCAGCGGCAUGCAGCUGGCUAUUCAGGCGGCUAUCAGCCAGGCCUUUAAAACACCGGAAGUCAUCAGAUUGUUUGCAAAGAAACAACCAGGUCAACUUCGGACAAGGUUAGCAGAGAUGGACAGAGAUCUGAUGGUGGGAAAGCUGGAAAGAGACCUGUACACGCAGCAGAAGGUGGAGAUUCUCACCGCUCUCAGGAAGCUUGGAGAAAAGCUGACCGACGAUGACGAGGCCUUCCUGUCAGCCAAUGCAGGUGCUGCGCUCAGCCAGUUUGAGAAAGUCUCCACAGACCUAGGCUCUGGAGAUAAAGUCCUUGCUCUGGCAGGUUUUGAGGUUGAAAAAGCCAAGAAAUGACAUUGCGGUGGUUUGGCGCCACCAGCCCCAUCGUAGCUGCACUUGGUGCUUUCAUCCUGAGGACUUGGAGGCAUUGAGAAGCAGUAGAGAUUCUCACAAUGCCCAAGAGCAGGUGACACGGAAACAGUGUGGCUUCUGUUAGG